AUGGAAGAGGGGGAGGUGGGAAUGUCGGAUAGUGUUAACAGUGUCCGCAAGAUCACGUUGCGGGCUUCCAAGGGUUACUACUUACUGGCACAUGAGGCUGAGGAGGCGAGGCGGCGUCGGAUUGAAGAGAAGCGGCAAAGGCGUAAACAGGAACUUCAGGAGCAGCAGGAGAUUGAGUGGAAGGCGUUUCAGGACGCGACAAGGCGCUGCUUGAAGGAUGCUCAUUUAAUUACCACGAUGGAGGAGCUUCAGUUUAGAGAGACUCUCCACAGUAAAUAUAGCGAAAUAUGCAAAGCACAUGAAGAGGAGAUGGAAGCGUACACGGAAAGGGUGGUGUCGGAUGAGGCACGUCGACCCAUGACGUUGUCUCCACUUCUCACAUUGACACGGGCAAGAGAGAAAUGCUUGGCAUCUGCGCGUCUUUACGGCGAGGCGGCAAAAAUGCAGGCGCUCUUCUCACAAUUGGAGGAGUGCGAGCAUAAAGCUGCUGAAGAGCACAAACAACAAAUGGUGGAGAGAAAAGUACGUGAAAAAUGGCAAGAAAUUGAGAAGAGGAGUUUUUCAUCGUAUCAGAAGGUGUUUUUCGCGCAGCAAUUGAAGCACCUACAGUCAGCUGAAAGAAUGCGCGUGAUUGAGGCGAACCUGCGGCACAAGGCAUCUGAAAUGGCUGUAUCACACCACAACCAACGACAAGCCUUGCACCUGCCGUUGCUGGAUAUCCGAAGUUCCAGCAAGGCUCACCAGCUUAGGAGUUCUCGUGGGUCUCAACUCAAACAGAAAGUGAAUGGGGACCAUUACUACGUUCCUUCACUUUGCGAUAUGUACGGUAGUUCUCUUGAACAUGAAUAG